ACAGUUCGACUUCGACUUCGAAAGUUCAAAACUUUCCCUCCCUUCAUCGUCGACGCCGCUUUCCUGUUUCCUGCCGGAAUCAGAGACAAAUCUCACCGCCAGAUGCUUCCGUAGCAGCGUCGGCGUAAAACGAAUUCGUCUUCUUUUUACAGAUCAACGAGUUGUUGAUUCAGGCGAGAGAUAGGUUGGGACCAAAACCCUAGAUUGCUGCGAGUCGAAGAGGCCUGAGAAAAAUGGGGGAUUCGUCGAGAAAGGUCGAUAUAGAGAAGUUAAUUGACUUCAGCAACGACCUCGUCGAGGUGCUCAAGGACGAGAAGGACGCUAACAUCUUGGCCCAGCAAGUGGAUCAAUUGCAGACUUUUCAAUCCCAAUGUCGCUCCGAUUACGACGAUGCUCACUGCUUGAUUCAAGAUUACCAAAAAAAGAUAGAUUUGAGCAAGGUAAAGGCAGAGGAGGCAAAAUCUGAAAUUGCUGCAGAUGCGGAAAUGGAUGUGCUUCAGAACGAGUUGGAAGAGGAACUUCAAAGAGAACGUUUGCUCAGGGAGGAACUUAGAGAAAUUAUAAACCAAAUUAGUGUCCUAGAACGCCAAAGGGUUUCUGUUGAAGAACGAAGGCAAACUCUGAAAAAGCUUGAGCAAGAUGAGCUGAGGGCACGCAUGAAGCUCUCAAUGUAUGCUUCUGUCACAAAGAUAAUUCCAAACUUGGAUGACCAUUCCAAAAUAUCAGGCCAUAUUGUGGAAAGAGAUAAAAAGGUGGUUGAGAAAUUUGAGUUCAACCUGGAGGAUGCAACUGCCUUUGAUAUAUGUAACAGCAUUUGGAAGAUGAUAAGCCUGUGACAAAUUUCAAAAUUUUUCCUUUUCCAAGGCAUGUAUAAUGCAGCUCGGAAGUCUGUAUUUAUCCUAGUAUUUCUUGUAUACUCUGGAAGGAAGUGUUUUUGCAUUUUGAAUCCUCAUUCUGUAUGAUUUCAUAUUUUUGAUUGAGCAAUUUUCUGGCGAUUGAAGGGUGACUUAGUUGAACCAAAAGGGCGAUUUCAUUGUCCGUAGGUGCUCAUAUAACUUGUUUGCUAUUUCUCGUUUUAGUCUCUCCUUGUCAUGUCAAAGAACACAUUGAUCUUUCUUAAUCUUGGGAAUAGUAGAUAACAAUCU